AUGUCCAAUGACUCAUUCCACUACUUCACGCGGCUGCCUCUAGAACUACGUCAUCUUAUCUGGGAGCACUGCCUACCAUAUCGUAUAGCAGAAGAAGACAUCCCCGCCUUUCUUCUCGAUGGCGACGAAUCGCGUCAAGCCUGCUUUCCCAAGCGUACAACAUACCUAAACACUCGGCUGCCGGUCAUCGCAUUUGUCAAUAGUGAGUCUCGGCAGGUCGCGCUGGAACAUGGCCGCUGGGAGCGAGGACAGGAGCCAACUAGCCUGGAGUCGAUCUGGGUGCAGCCACGUCGGGAUGUGCUGCACCUCAACUGGACGCGAAAGAGCUACGAUGUCUUGGGGCCGCUUAUUGAGCUUGAAAGCCCAAUCGGCUGGUUCUCAGUACAGGCAGAGCAGCUUGGGAUGCAGCCUUGUAUCGUGGCAGAGAUUAUUUACUAUUUUGACUUAAAGGGGCUAUUAAAUGGCACUUAUGGCACUCCUGACGCGAAUGAUGAUGAACCAUUCUCCACCUCGUGGUUUCGUCGUCAUAAUGGCAUGUAUGAUCCCCUAAGAAUUCAAGAAGCGAGGGACAUUGCGGCUUUGGCAGAAUUUCACACGUCUUUCGACGUAGCAAUGGCAGCAGUUUCUCUGCAUAUCUCCAGGGAAGCGGCUCUGAGGUCUGGCCUGUUUGGAUUGUUAGGCGAUGCGCCUGUUCAGAUGGUUGACGUUGACGACGAAGCUCAGCUGAGAAAGUUUCAAGCCUUAUUCAAAGAACACGCAUUGGAAAAGGAACCGGCCGUGAAAACACUUUUGGAAUUAUUUACAAGUGCACGAUUCCGGGCGGCCGUAGAAACAUGGAAGAGGCAAGCUGAAUGGAUCAUCAUCGCGUCAAUGUGGGACUACGCACGAAAGGAAAAUGACAUUGUUCGGGCGAACCCGGGCUCCGCUUGGGUACCUUGCCUUCCAGGGCCAGAGUACUCGAUCAACCUACAUCAGUACUCGCCUAAUGAGAAUCAUCCAUGGGUCAAGGAAGCUAGACAGAGUCUGCCCAAGUUGAAACCGCGAAUCAUGGUGCGACAUUGUACCAAUGAGUGUUAUAUAAAGCCGCCGCCUAAAAGCUACUGGUAA